AUGGGCAACCUGCCGGCCGUGCUGCCCGGCACUGCCCGCUCCUGCGGCCUCGGCCUCUGCUCCCGGCAGCUAAGCGCCGCGCCCGAGGAGAGCGCCAGCACCGAGCGGAGCAGCUCGGCACCCACCCGCCCGGCGGAGCCCCCCCGCUUUGCCCGGCUGAAGAACUGGGAGACGGGGAGCAUCGGCUAUGACACACUCUGUGCCCAGGCCCUGCAGCUCUGCGUCCACCACGGCUGGAGCCCCGGCGGUGGCCGCUUCGACGUGCUGCCGCUGCUACUGCAGAGCCCCGAGGAGCCCCCCGAGCUCUUCCCCCUCCCGCCGGAGUUGGUCCUCGAAGUGCCCCUCCACCACCCCACGCUGGAGUGGUUCGGGGAGCUGGGGCUGCGGUGGUACGCGCUGCCGGCCGUCUCCAACAUGCUGCUGGAGAUCGGGGGGCUGGAGUUCCCGGCGGCCCCCUUCAAUGGCUGGUACAUGAGCAGCGAGAUCGGCACCAGGAACCUCUGCGACAGCCAGCGCUACAACCUGCUGCCGGAGGUUGCCCUGCGCAUGGGGCUGGACACACGGACGACAUCAUCCCUCUGGAAGGACAAGGCGGCGGUGGAGGUGAACAUCGCCGUGCUGCACAGCUACCAGGUGGCCAAGGUGACGAUCGUGGACCACCACGCAGCCACCGAGUCCUUCGUGAAGCACAUGGAGAACGAGCUGCGGACGCGGGGGGGGUGCCCAGCUGACUGGGUCUGGAUCGUGCCCCCCAUCUCAGGCAGCCUCACCCCUGUCUUUCACCAGGAGAUGGUCAACUACCAGCUCUGCCCCACCUUCCGCUACCAGCCUGAUGCCUGGAAGGUCUACGUCUCCAAAGGCACCACCGUCACCAGGAGAAAGACCUUCAAGGAGGUGGCCAACGCGGUGAAGAUCUCGGCUAAGCUGAUGGGACACAUGAUGGCACGCCGGGUGAAGGCCACCAUCCUCUACGCCACCGAGACCGGCAAAUCCCGGACCUACGCCUGGAACCUCUGCCAGCUCUUCCGACGUGCCUUUGACCCCAAGGUGCUGUGCAUGGAUGAGUACGAUGUGGUGUCCCUGGAGCACGAGACCCUGGUGCUGGUGGUGACCAGCACCUUCGGCAACGGGGACCCCCCUGAGUGCGCAGAGAGCUUCUCCAAGGCGCUGAUGGAGAUGACUUCGCCCUACACCAGCACCUCCCAGGCUGAGCCACCCAAGAGCUACAAGCUGCGGUUCAACAGCGUCUCGCAGUCGGACCAGCUCGUCGCCUCCUGGAAGAAGAAACGACGGCAGCUGAGCAACACCGACAGCGCCGGCACGCUAGGCGCCCUGCGGUUCUCGGUGUUUGGGCUGGGCUCGCGGGCAUACCCCCACUUCUGCGCCUUCGCCCGGGCGGUGGACACGCGGCUGGAGGAGCUAGGGGGGGAACGGGUCCUGCCCAUGGGUGAGGGCGACGAGCUCUGCGCCCAGGAGGAGUCCUUCCGCACGUGGGCCCGCCUCGUCUUCCAGGCUGCCUGCGAGACCUUCUGCGUGGGGGACGGGGCGGCGGGGGCCGAGGAGCUCUUUGCCCCCCCGCAGGGCUGGAAGCGCCAGAAGCACCGGCUGGUCGGGCAGCCCCAGGCCACAGAGACCCUGGCCGCCCGGCACAGCCGGGCCACGCUGCUGGUGCGGCUGGGCUCGGGCGGGGCACGGGGGCGGGCGCCCCAGCCCGGGGACCACCUCGGCGUCUUCCCCGCCAACCGCCCCGAGCUGGUGCGGGGGGUGCUGGGGCGGGUGGAGGCCCCCCCGCCCCCCGAGCAGCCCGUCCUGGUGGAGAGCCUGGAGGGGGACCCCAGCGGAAUGCUGGGUCCCUGCCGGGCCAGGGUGCCACGCGCAGUGGCGGCAGCCCAGCUGGGUGCCUUGCAGGAUGCCCGGCUGUACGAAGACUGGAAGUGGUUCCGGUGCCCCACGCUGCUGGAGGUGCUGGAGGAGUUCCCCUCGGUGCGGCUGCCGGCCUCCCUGCUGCUCACCCAGCUGCCACUGCUCCAGCCGCGCUACUACUCCAUCAGCUCCGCGCCCGGCCCCAGCCCCGGGGAGAUCCACCUCACCGUGGCCGUUGUCACCUACCACAGCGAGAAUGGGCAGGGUCCCCUGCACUACGGAGUCUGCUCCACCUGGCUGGCGCGGCUGCAGCCCGGGGACACGGUGCCUGCCUUCAUCCGAGGGUAAGGGGCGGCCCCGCCCGACCCCCCCCCACAGUUACCGGGCCCUGCCGCUGCCCCCCCCCCCGCAGGCGGCCCCCUGGGCAGCAUGGUGCUGGUGUUCGGCUGCCGCUCCUCCGCCCUGGACCACAUCUACCGGCAGGAGAUGCAGGAGGCGCAGGAGGAGGGGGCCCUCAGCCAGGUCUUCACCGCCUUCUCCCGCGAGCCGGGGACCCCCAAGACCUACGUGCAGGACGUGCUGCGGACGCAGCUGGCUGCGGAGGUGCACCGAGUGCUGUGCCAGAGCGCUGGGCACAUGUACGUCUGCGGGGACGUGACGAUGGCCACCGAGGUGCUGCAGACGGUGCAGCACAUCCUGGUGCAGCAGGCCGGCAUGACGCUGGGGGAGGCGGGGGACUUCAUCAGUGAGCUGCGGGACAAGAACCGCUACCACGAGGACAUCUUCGGCCUCACUUUCCGCACGCAGGAGGUGGCCUUUCGCAUCCGCAGCCAGUCCUUCUCCAUGCAGGAGCGCCGGCAGCCGGGCCCGACCCCCUGA